AUGGGCAUCUACAGUAUCUCGUUAUCGUUUUUGCUGUUUGCUUGCGUCGUUCUAAGCGAUGAUCUCCCGUCGAUUCAAAUUAAAGGCUCAAAGUUCUUUUAUGCCAACGGGACUCAAUUUUUCUUGAAAGGGAUUGCGUACCAACAGGAUUCCUCUGCGAACGGAGCGAUCGCGACCAACACAAAAUUCGUUGACCCGCUGGCAGAUGAAGCAAACUGCAAGCGUGAUAUUCCGCUACUCAGUGAGCUUGGGACUAACGUCAUCCGCACUUAUGCAAUCGAUCCGACUGCAGAUCACUCUGCUUGCAUGUCACUGCUCAACGAUGCGGGCAUAUACGUUAUUUCUGACCUCAGCAACCCACAGCAGUCCAUAGAUCGCGGAAACCCGCAGUGGAACGUGGAUCUUUUCACCCAUUUCCAGCAGGUUGUAGACAGUUUCGCUAAUUACUCCAAUGUGAUUGGCUUCUUUGUUGGCAACGAGGUCACCAAUAAUGCUAGCACGACGUCAGCUUCUGCAUAUGUGAAAGCCGCUGUGCGAGAUGUGAAGCAGUAUAUCAAAGACAAAAAAUACCGCGCCAUGGGUGUAGGCUACGCCGCCGAUGACGAUCAAGACAUCAGAAACCAGAUAGCCGCCUACUUUAACUGCGGGCCAACCGAGGAAAGUGUCGACUUUUUCGGGUAUAAUGUCUACGAAUGGUGUGGCGAGAAGACAUUUGAAACAUCCGGCUAUAAUCGAAUUCUUGAUUUCUUUCAAAACUACUCCGUACCGGUAUUUUUUGCCGAAUAUGGUUGCAAUCUCCCCAACGGUGCCGCGGGCCGCAUAUUUCAAGAAACAGGUGCGCUUUACGCGCACAACAUGACAGCCGUUCUCAGUGGCGGCAUUGUCUAUGAAUAUUUUGAGGAAACCAAUGACUACGGCCUUGUCAAGAUAAGCGGUAGCUCCGCCACGAAACUUGAAGACUUUACCGCGCUUCAACAACAAAUCCAGGCAGUUAACAUUCAAGGAGUCGAAAUGGCAAAUUAUAACCCAUCCAAUCAGCCCGCUUCUUGUCCAACGGUCAAUUCGACAUGGGAGUCUAGCGACAAACUCCCGCCCACCCCCGAUUCUGAUGCUUGUAGCUGCAUGGUCAAGGCUUCCGAGUGCGUUGUUUCCAGCAGCACGGACUCUAGCAACUACGGAAGCUUAUUUGACUAUGUCUGUGGGUCAGAUCAGUCCUUGUGCAGCGGCAUCAAUGGUGACACCUCAACGGGUGUUUAUGGUCCAUACAGCAUGUGCAGCGAUCAGGACAAGUUAACAUAUGUCCUGAACCAGUACUACCAAAAGCAGAAAAAAGUCAGCACCGCAUGUGACUUUAAUAGUAGUGCUGAGACACAAACUGCGUCUGGAAGCCUGGACAAGUGUAGCCAACUGGCUACUUCUGGCAAUGCCACAGAUUCAGGUAAUGCUACAGGUUCUGGCAGCGAUGAUGAAGAUAAUGGCAGUGCAGAUUCUCUAAUCCCUGGCAAUUGGCCACUUGGCGCAGUAAUGUUAAUUACAAUUCUUGUAAGCACAGGCGUCGUGGGCCUAUAAUUAAAUAUUCACGGUUAAUUACAGCUCAUAGAAUUAAGAAACCGU